AUGCCGAGCGAAUUAGCCCCUUCCCGCUGGGUAGUGCUCGAUACUGGUGCUCUAAUUGCCGGCACUGAUACUCUUUACGCCCUGGCCAGUCUAACCGACCCCAACACCAACGACCCUCUCCCUCUACUUCCCGUUGACGAGCGAGUCACCUUCUACAUAACGCCCGACGUCGCCUCUGAAGUGCGCGAUGCCCGAGCGCGCGCCCGCCUGCAGGCUCUCGACCGUCUGGGUUGCGUCGAGCAGCGCGUCCCCUCGCGCGAGGCAGUUGCCGCCGUCGUGCAAGCCGCGAAGAAUGCGGGCGAUUACAGCGUCUUGUCUGCGGCCGAUUUGAGAGUCCUAGCGCUUACGUGGAUGCUGGACGUCGAGAGGAACGGUACCAAGUACUUGAAGCAAGUUGCCCAAGCUCCUGUCGUAGGGGAGAUUAGAACGGCCCCGGGGGUCGGGUUUGAGGAAGUUGACAGAUGGGAAGCGGAUGGGAGGGAAAGGAGGGAGAAGGAAGAGGCGGAAAAGGACGGCUGGACUACGGUCUCGACUGCCAAACCGGAGCAGCCGAAAAAGGCGAAGAAGAGGAAGAGCAGAAACAGGAAGCGCGCGCAAGUGGAAAAGCCGCAGGUCGAUACAGUAAGCGCUGCUACAGAGCUUGUGUUUAAUGUGAAUGAUGACAGCAAGGAGAAAGUCCUGGGGCUGGCGACUGAAGCAGAAGGUCAGGCCCUUUCAGUCUCCAAACCAGAGAAUAGGCGGGUGGAUGGACAACUGGCUGCAACCGAGGCAAGCGAGGUCUCUCCACCCGGGGUAUCUUCCGAGUUUCAUGUUGCGGAGGAGGCAGUUCAGGACGCAGGACUCACACAUGCUGAAGAUGACAGCAGAAUAGGGCAGGUCAGCUCCGGCUUGGAAGAGGAAAUAUCAGAUGACGACGGCGUUGGAUGGAUCAACGAAGAGAACGUCGAAGAGCAUCUCGCCCGUGACGGAGGUGAAGAGGAGAUGACUAAAGAGGAUCGAAUGCGCGUCGCCUGUGUCACAACUGACUUUGCUAUGCAGAAUACGAUGCUUCAAAUGGGUCUGAAGUUACUCUCAGUUGAUGGACGUCGCACAAUCCGUCAGAUUAGAAGAUUUGCUUUACGCUGCCAAUCAUGUUCUAGUGUUACUCGCGAAUUGCACCGCAAGUUUUGCGAGAAGUGCGGUAACGCGACGCUUCACCGCGUUGCGUUCAAGGUGAAUAAGAAGGGCGUUGCGCGUGUCUUUUUGAACCCCAAGAAGAAGGCUAUUCUCAGGGGAACUAAGUAUCCUAUCCCAUUGCCACGAGGUGGGCGACACAACACAGAUCUCAUAUUGACCGAGGAUCAGAUAGAUCCCGUGAAGCAGAAGCGGAUAGAAAAACAACGAGAGAGGCUGAAUGUUGAUGUCCUUGAUCCGAGCAACUUUUAUAAUGCUGGGGCACGAUUUAACCCUCACGACAGACCAGUUGUUGUUGGAUAUGGGAAGCGAAACCCAAAUCAAGUAAGGCGGGCUCGGAAAGGGAAGCGGUAG